CCCCAUGUCGCGUACCGGUAUACCUCAUCUGCUGCACUGAUGCAUGAUAUAGCAAUAUCACAAAAUUAGCCAAGAUGCUUUCUCCUGUUCUACUUGUGAACAAUUCCAUGUUCUGUAUAUUGAUUAUAAUAUCUCUCCUCUCUCUUGUAGAAGUACAUGCACAAGGUGAUCACAACUCACCGUUUCUCAAUUUGGAUUCCAUCAGAAGCAAGUCUGUUUUGCUCUAUGAUGAUGAGACGUACCUCAACCAACAUCGUUUGUAUCCCAGCUUGACGUUUACCUGCAAUGGAACUAUUGACAAUAUCACUUUUCUGGCCACUUAUCUGAAUGGCACAUUUGGGUUGUCUUUUUCACUUUGGCGCACUGAAGACAAUUCAACAUGGAUUCUUCAAGGAAGCCGUGUUAGAAUACAAGACGAUCAAUCGCAAUGUGAAGAUGAUGAGCUUUGCAUAUUGUCGAUGUGUAAUGCUAGUUUGACAUUUGAAGCUGGUUAUCGAUUAGGUGUACGCCUGAAUGGUGGUCCACAAAGGGAGUAUGAGUUGAUACAUUUAUCAGAAGGUGGAUUUAGUCGUUAUACUGGGCUCACGGAGGAACAGCGAUCCAAUACAACUCUCACUUUCAAUGAAAUGGAUGGAGCAGUUCCAUUACUGACCAUUGAAACAGAUCACCCAGAGUGUGUGCAAGGAUUCCUCAGUAAAGAUGUGUUUAUGCAUGCAGCUGCGAUAUUGAAUUAUACACAAACUAUUAGCAAUUCAAACGAUCAGUUUGAAUUUGAAUUACAGCAGUGUUUAUGCCUUGCCCAAGUUACCGAUCUACUGUUUGCAGGCAGUUUUGAUCCUGCAGAAAAAGAUGUGUCCACAACAAACUUGACUAUAAAUUUGACCAUUAUUGAUUCGAAUACAUCUGAAACUGUUGCAGCUUUCAGCCUCUCUAAUCAAACUGUUCAAAUGACAGACACACUUAACAUAUUUAAAUACGUAUUAAAUUUUUCACGAAUUGAACUACAAACUCGAAACGUUUCUGUUGAAAUUACUCUAAGACUUGAUGGUGGUAUAAUAAUAAUUCCAUCAUCUCCCGUAGUGCCUGUUUGCUGCGCACAAGAUAAUAUAAUUGAGCAUUUGAUGUUCACAUCUCUUUUCAUUGACAACAUCGAAAAUGAAGUUUCAAUGGAUAGAUUGCUUCUUUUCCCUGACAUGACAUUUCAAGCCUCAGGGAAUAUAUCGCUGUGGACAUUUACUGCAAGAAGAGAUACCUCAAUUGAAGAAUCAAGUGAAAUUGAGUUCCUAGUGUGGAGACCCUCUAUAAAAUGCGACACUAUAAAUACAGAAUACGAACUAGUUGGUAGUAAUGCCGUCACAGAUGCUAAGCCCACAGAAUUCCUGAAUGUGUAUGAAUACAGUGUUCCUCAGAGUAAUCAGAUUCAAGUCCAAGAGGGUGAUGUGUUUGCAGUGUUUCAGUCUGGUGGGGAUGCUUUCUCUCCUGUUUUUGUGACUGAUAUCGGACAUUUGUAUUAUAAACCACAACUGAAUCUUAUGAACAGGAAUAGAGAGAAAAUGGAGUUUGUGUCUAGUGGUCACUACUUGUUUCUGAUGGUCAGUUUCAUUAUGACAAUGACAGGUGGUGAUCCUAUUAGAAGCAACACUACAAAUAACUGUACUGAUGAGACCACGAUGCCUGAUGAUGAUGGAACAGGCCUACUUGGGAUUAUUUUUGCAUGUGUGACUGUAGGGCUUGUUGCGCUGAUAAUUCUCGUCGUAAUUUGGUUGGUGAUUAUGCUAGUGAGAAAUCGCAAGAAAAACACAGACACUCCUGUUUCAAUACCAGGUGACCUUCAUAUGAGCACUCUUGCAAGGAGUUGGUCCACUAAUGGCUAUGAAACUAUUCCCCCAAUUCUUCCGACUCGCAAUGAGGCUGAAAUUGAGGGCCCCAUAUACUCAGAAGUUGAUCAAGCACUACCACGAGAGUUAUGUGGUACUGAUAUUAAUUUGCAGCAUAAUCAGGCAUAUGGGAAUGCUCCAGCACUACCACAAGAGUUAUGUAAUACUGAUAUGGAUUUUCAGCAAAACCUGGCAUAUGGCAAGGUUGCUGAGGUUGGCCACUAGCUCUCUGGCGCGGUUCACCACCAACAGACGUUAGCAAUUAGCUAAGAACAAAAUGACAUUCCUGAAAGUGUAGUAGAUUUGUAAAAAUGUAGUAAAAAUUGGUCAAUAGAGA